AUGUUUGAAGCCUCUAACCCACGAUGUGAUCGUUCGCUAACGGGUACGAUAUCCGAGGCAGGAAGAGGGACCCUCCAUGAAGCAAGGGAGUUGGCAUUGUAUCGCCAGAUUUGAUGGAUCUAUCAAUCCAUUACAGUAAAAAGGACAAGCUCAUGGAAGUAAUUUAGACACAUUCGGAGCUGUAUCGGGGUUUUGUUCGAAGCCCAGGCAGGUUUUUUUCCUUAAACGUAGGAAAAAUAAUGGCAGGGAAUCUGAAUAAAUCAACGGCUAUUUUAGCACUGGUUUUGGCGAUUGUAUGCGGAGUUCAUGGCGGCGCCUCAGAUCACAAAUACAGCAAGGGAGAACAUGUUCCGCUUUACGCCAACAAAGUCGGCCCCUUCAGUAAUCCCAGUGAAACAUAUCGAUAUUUUGAUUUGCCUUUCUGCCCUCCAGAUAAAGUCAAUGAGAAGAGGGAAGAUCUUGGAGAGGUCUUGAAUGGUGAUAGGAUGGUCGAUGCUCGAUACAAGCUUGAUUUCCAAGAAAACAAAGAUUCUGAACUACUUUGCAGUAAGAAACUGACAAAAGAGGAUUUAGAAAAGUUUAGGGAAGCUAUCAGAAAGGAUUAUUAUUUUCAGAUGUACUAUGAUGACCUACCAAUCUGGGGUUUCAUUGGAAAGUUUGAGAAAGAAAAUAAGGCACUUCCAAAUGGUGCCAGAUAUUUACUAUACAAACAUAUCCACUUCGAAAUUUAUUACAAGAAUGACAGAGUCAUAGAAAUAAAUGUUCGCACAGAUCCAAGUUUCACAGUUGACAUUACCGAGGACAAGGAAGUUGAAGUUGAUUUCAUGUACUCUGUUAAGUGGGUGGAGACUAAAGUUCCUUUUGAACGGCGAAUGGAUAAAUAUGCAAAGCAAUCUUCUUUGCCACAGCAUUUGGAAAUUCACUGGUUCUCCAUUAUCAAUUCUUGUGUAACAGUUCUUCUUCUGACUGGAUUUCUUGCCACUAUUCUUAUGCGGGUUCUCAAAAACGACUUCAUCAAGUAUUCUCAUGAUGAGGAGUCUACUGAUGACCAAGAGGAGACAGGUUGGAAGUACAUUCAUGGAGAUGUCUUCAGAUAUCCUCAACACAAGUCUCUGUUUUGUGCUGUUCUUGGAUCUGGGACUCAGCUUUUUGCUCUUGCCAUCUUCAUCUUCAUGCUUGCACUGGUAGGUGUUUUUUAUCCUUACAACAGGGGUGCCCUAUACACAGCCCUUGUGGUUAUAUAUGCCCUUACAUCUGGCAUUGCAGGCUACACUGCCGCUUCUUUCUAUUAUCAACUUGAAGGAUCAAACUGGGUGAGGAAUCUGUUGUUGACCGGCUGCCUAUUUUGUGGGCCUCUGUUUCUAACCUUUUGCUUCCUGAAUACAGUUGCUAUAGCUUACAAUGCAACUGCAGCUCUGCCAUUUGGCACAAUCAUGGUCAUUCUCCUUAUCUGGACACUUGUGACAUCUCCUCUGCUUGUUCUGGGUGGUAUUGCUGGUAAAAACAGCAAGGCUGAGUUUCAAGCUCCUUGCCGCACCACAAAGUACCCCAGAGAAAUUCCUCCUUUGCCAUUUUACAGAGGGACCAUCUCUCAAAUGGCCAUGGCAGGAUUUUUGCCAUUCAGUGCAAUCUACAUUGAGCUAUACUAUAUAUUUGCAAGUGUAUGGGGUCACAAAAUCUACACAAUAUACAGCAUCCUCUUCAUUGUUUUCAUCAUCCUUAUCAUUGUGACAGCCUUCAUUACCAUUGCAUUGACCUACUUCCAGCUAGCAGUUGAGGAUCAUGAGUGGUGGUGGAGGUCUGUUUUAUGUGGAGGAUCGACUGGUGUCUUUAUCUUUGGGUACUGCUUAUAUUAUUAUUUUGCACGAUCAGAUAUGACUGGAUUCAUGCAAACCUCCUUUUUCUUUGGUUAUAUGGCUUGCAUAUGCUAUGGGUUUUUCUUGAUGCUUGGAACAGUGGGAUUCCGUGCCUCUUUACUGUUUGUCCGCCACAUAUAUCGUUCAAUAAAGUGUGAAUAAUUUCACUCAGCAUGGUACAUGGUGGUGCUUUCUGGUUCAUCCAAUAUUGUUGGUUGGUGCAGUUGCAAACUGUAAUGACCAUUGGUUUUGUUUCAGGCUGGUGGGUUUUGAUUCAGUAUUGUAUGGUCAGAAUUCAUUGUCAUGAAAAGGAAUAUGGAAAACACUUUGACCUAGAUUAACAGCUUUUUUAAUAGUACUUAGAUUUCUAAACUUUAGUGGUAAUGUACCAACUAUUUUUAAAGAGGUUGCGGAAGAGUAAUAAAAUUGCGAUCUAGGAAGGAGGUCGUUGAAUA